CCGCAUACCUGUUGUAAACACGCAAAACAUGACACCAUGCGCGCACCUGACCUGGUGAGGUUAGAAAGAAGCUAGAGAGUUCAUUGGAAGUUUGCACACAGAAGGAAAAGAUAGAAUCGAUCUACGAUGAGGAACUUGAUUGUGAACAAUUCCAGGGAGUUUUCCAUCCCUGGACUCAAGCUCAGCGCAAAUUCCCACGAUUUGAUUGUAGUUGACCAUCUAAGAAAUGCUAUAUUUGUGCAAAGUGGUGGAAUAGUGUACAGAUUCUCUACAGAAGAUAAUUCCAUCACCGAGCUGUUCAGAAUUGAUCAGUACUAUCCCAGUGAAGAUGGAGCACCUCCGUCAAUUGUGUCAAUGUGUUAUUUUCAACUGACAGAUUCUUUAUGCUUGGCUGUUGACAAAGGUGAAUUGCUGAGUCUCAACUGCGCAGCACAAGAAGAAGUAGAAUGUGUUGGUUUUGUCGAGUCUGGGUUGAGGCUUAUGGAGGCAAGUCCAGACGAAGAUGUUUUAGUCCUGUUGACAGCUCAGGACACAGUCAUUACAAUGACGGCAUCCUUUGAUCCUAUAAAUGAGACCAAUCUCCAACAAACAGAGUUUGGAGAAAAUCAGUUCAUUACCGUAGGUUGGGGUAAAAAAGAAACUCAAUUUCACGGCUCAGAAGGAAAGGCAGCUGCUUUAGCUAAACGUCCAGGUCACAUUGCUACACUGUCCAAAUUUGAUGAAGGAUCUCCCCAAAUUACAUGGCGAGGAGAUGGAGCCCUCUUUGCUGUAAAUUGUUUAAAUAGUGCUACUGGAGAACGAUUUGUUCGCAUAUUUGACAGGAAGGGAGAUCUCAUGUACACCAGUGAGCAUAUUCCAGGCUUAGAAGGUGUAGUAUCAUGGAGACCAUCAGGGAACCUCAUGGCUUGUACUCAACGCCUGCCAAACAAGCAUGUAGUGUGCUUCCUAGAGAAAAAUGGCCUUCGUCAUGGUGAUUUCACUUUACCCUUCUCCCUGGAUUCAGUACUAGUUCGUGAACUUUUGUGGAAUGCAGAAUCAACUAUACUUCUUGCUUGGUGCCAAGUUGUAUCAGGAGUGUCUCCACCAGCUGGUCUUGUGGCUGGACAAAGCACAUUGCUUCUUUGGACUGUGAAUAACUAUCAUUGGUAUUUGAAACAAAGGAUUGAUUUGCAUGUAGAUCAUAGCCCAAAAGCUGUAUGCUGGGAUCCAGAUUCAGGAAAUCGCCUUCAUGUCAUCUGUUUAGGAGCAAAAUACCUCAGCUAUGACUUUUCAUGGCGGGUUGACCAUAGUUCUGGUACAAACCAAAAUGAUGGUGCUUUUGUCUCAGUAAUUGAUGGAGAUUCCCUUCUCAUUACUUCAUUUCGGCAUAAUGUUAUUCCUCCACCCAUGUGUGGUACAACACUGAAACUUCCAGCUCCAGCUACAGAAGUAGUAUUUGCACCCCAACAUGUGCCGACAUCAGCAAUAAAAGAACUUGAGAGCAGAUAUCUCAAUACAAGCUCUACCGAAGACUCCGGGUUUGGUGAUGUUGUGGAAUCAUUGAGCUCCAACCCCAACAACUUUUGUGUGUUGUUGUGCAAUGGCACAUUAGCUGCAUUUUCUUAUGUGGGUAGUCCUCACUCACCCAAUCCCAGUCAUUCUUUGGCUGGCGUUUACCAGAUAGCAUGGCAGGAGGGAGGUCAAAUGAUUCCAAACAACUAUCUUCAUCACUGGACGUGGAUGUCACGUGACACAAUGGUCUGCAGCGCUUCUGUGGAAAGUCAAUCCCAAUUAUGUGUUUUUGACGUUGAUUCUCUAGGAUCGUCAGAUAAUGGACGUGUUGUUCUUAGGAAAACUGUAGCUUUACCUAGCAAUGUGGUGUCCAUUGUGGCAGGUACAGAGGGAAACACAGUCAUUCUACAACUAGUAGAGGGCAAAGUGUUGUCCUUUUCACUGGAAUCUGAUACUAUCUCCGAUAUGUUUACUUUUCCUCAACCUGUCCACAAAAUUAUGGCCUGCAAACUGGAUAAAGACUGUGGUUUGGGGCAUGAAGUUGUUCUUGGCCUUUCAAGUCACAAUCGGUUAUAUGCCAACACUGAUGUGAUUAUGGGUAAUGUGACCUCCUUUGCAUUGCAUUCUAAGUUUUUGCUUUUCACCACGUCUCAACAACAGCUCUUUUGUUGUCCUUUGAAGAAAACAUCUCUACUGUCUUUGUCAAAGACAGGUGGAGAUAGUGGAAGCUUCGGAGUUGUGGAGAGGAAAGUUGAACGUGGUUCAAGACUUGUUGUGGUUGUACCGGAUGGCAACCGUGUGAUACUACAAAUGCCCCGCGGCAAUCUUGAAUGUAUUGAGCCCAGAGCUUUAACUCUCUGCCAAAUGGCUGACUUGCUGAAUACACAGACAUAUUUUGAGGCAUUUGACCUAGCUCGGAAACAGCGCAUAAAUUUAAAUUUAUUUGUUGAUCAUGAUCCUAAUUUGUUUCUGAGAAACAUUGAACUCUUUGUGAAACGUGUCUCCAAUCCACAAUGGUUAUGUCUCUUCCUUGCUGAGCUUCAUGAUGAGGACUGCACAAAAUCAAUGUACAAGUCUCAUUACCCUGAUCAGUCUCCUUCAUCACUUUCGGAUAAAGUUAAAACAGUGUGUGAUGCAUUUUUAGCAGCUGUAAAGAAAAGCAAUGAAAAGGAAGCUGAGAAAUUAACCUUGCCUGUUUUGACAGCAUUGGUGUUGAAACAUACAUCUGAAGGUCUAGAAGCAGCACUCACUUUAAUUAAAAAAUUAAAGGAAUCUGAAGACAAAUCUAGUAGCUCUGUCCCAUGGACUGUGGCAUUACAUCAUUUGCUGUACUUGAGGGAUGUUAAUCAGUUAAUGGACGCUGCCUUGGGAAUGUAUGACUUUAAUCUGGUUGUUAUUGUAGCAUCCAAAUCCCAGAAAGAUCCCAAGGAAUACUUGGCUUUUCUGAAUAAGUUACGUCAGAUGGAGGAAAAUUAUCAACGAUACAGUAUUGACAAGCACCUAAGAAAGUGGGAAUCAGCACUGAUUCACCUCAUCAAAUGCCCGGAUGAUCACAACUCAGAGCUGUUGCAGUUUGUUAUCAAUCAAGAUCUAUUCAGAGAAGCCUUAAGCGCAUUGCCAAAGCAUGACGAAAGGUUUCAGAUGAUUGCUUCCGCCUAUGCAGAUAAGCUUGCAUCCCAACGUUUAUACAAGGAGGCAGCAGUUAUGUAUCGCAGAGCCUUAGAUUUCAACAAUGCUCUUUUGAGUCAUCAAAAGGCACUGGCAUGGAGAAAUUGCAUUCAGGAUGCAGAUGAUAUCGGUCUCAACGAAGAAGAAAGAAGAGAGCUAUUUUCAGAGCUAGCAAGUGCUUUGCAGGAAACUGGACAGUUUGGAGAUGCUGCAUUGGUAUAUCAAGUGUAUUUGAACCAACCUCUCAAAGCAGUACAAACACUUUGUGGUGGUCAUCUAUGGACAGAAGCUCAGCGAGUUGCUAACUCUUUAAAACUUCAUGAUAGUAUUGAGACUGUGAUCCAUCCAUGUGCUUUGGAUUACGCUGAUGUAAUGUGUGUGCAGGUAAAGACAUUGAGUGAUACAUUUAAUGCUCAUCUUAGCCGCCUUUUGGAAGUGAGAAGAGAGAAACAACUGGCACGUGAACGAUUAGAUGCUCAAGAUGGGGACGCCGAUGCUUGUGUUGAAAAUGAUAUGUUAUCUGACACCAGCAGUAUAACAGGCAGUUCAGUCUCGUCUAGAGGUUCAUCGAGUCACUCCUCAUCAAGUAAUAGAUCGAGCAAGAACCGCCGAAAACAGGAGCGUAAAGUCCUUAGUCUGAAAAAAGGAAGCCCUCAUGAAGAGUUAGCUCUAAUGUAUGCCCUCCACCAAAGCAUAACUUCUACUUUUGCUCUUAGAGAGGAAAUUCAUUCUCUUGACUGUGCUCUUGUUGACUUGAAUGAUGACAAUGUUGCCCGAGAUCUUCAAAAUUUGUUGUCUGUUACUCUGAGGACAAUGGAAGGAAGUUUUUCUAAAAUUUGGCCCGUUCACCUAGUUCAGGGGAAUAGUAACCACACUGCAACUCAAUCGUUUGGACCCAAUGCCACGUCGAAUAUGCUUGCAUCCUCCAUGAGCUCUGCUACCUCAAAUCAACUAGAUAUGUCAUUACUAGAACCCACAUACCGCUUUCCUCCUGUGAUUCGUCUUGUUAAGUGGGAGCUGGACAUGCUGAGAAGGACAUGCAAAUGAUUUGUGCUUUGUUACAAAUAUUGUUGAUUUCUGUAACAUAGCCAUCAACAUUGUGAAGAUAAAAUUAUACAUAUUUUUAAAGAAAUAGAUAAGUUUUAAAAGUAAAA